GGUUUUAGAGGAAGACGACCCAAAAACCCCUCGUCUCGCCGAACUCUGAAAAUACAGCUGUAGCGAAUCCUCUCUUUCCCUUCCCCCAAGUCACUCACCGCCUUCUCCGCCAUCAGGUGAACUCUAUGCGCCAACGAACAAGGGUUGACUUGGGAUCAGCUUCAUGCGCUAUUUGAAGGGUAGCGGUGGUUAUGGCCGGACGCUUGCCCGUGCCUGGUCCAGUCAAUCUCGGCGGAGUAGGGUAUUUGGCAUCCGGCUUCCAAGGGAGGAGAGGAAGGCCAUGGUUGAAUCGUUUGUCAAGCAGUAUCAGCAGUCGAGCAAUGGGAAGUUUCCUUCCAUCACGUUGACAAAGCUAGAAGUAGGUGGUUCAUACCCGGUUGUGCGCCAUAUUCUUCAAGAAGUUAAGUUUGUUUGGAGUCGAGAUCAAGUACCGAAACCGGGUGUUGCUGAACAAUACCCUCGAGGUACAAUAUCCACAGAACCUCAACCAUCUUCCGUAACUUUGUCAUCGAAUGGGGCUGCAUCAAUGGCUGAUGAGGGGCAUUGCAAAUUGGGUGGGGCACAUCAUCCAGUUUAUGAUGUGCUUGGUGCAGAAUCUAGACAGCUAGAUAUUGAAAACGUGCGGGAAAUUGAUGGCGAUUCGGUAACUGUCAAGAGAUUGAAUUCUGGUUUGGCAGAAGUUGCUGGGGUUAGUGAGGUUAAGCAACCGGCAGGAAUGGUAUUGGAGGCGCUUCGUUUAGAAGGAGAUGUGGAUUCCGACAGAGCAAAUGCUGCUGAGGUUCAAACAAGCGGAUCACUAGAGCAGAAUGAACAUGCCAAAGAAGUGUUGGAUGUAGUUGUAGACACCCCUUCAUUGGAAAUGAACGAUUCUGUAAAACUAAGUCUUGUAGAAGGUCAAGCUAGUCGAGGAUCAAUGGGAGUAGAGGAAAUUGUUGAAGUGAAAAUAUCUGAGGUUAAAGUAAUUCCAAAAGGGAAAGUAGCUGUAGAUACAUCUCAUUCACAGCCUGUGCUAACUGGUGAAAGAGAGGAACUAGACAACAGAAUUCAAGUUUCCAGCCCAGAUAAAGAUCGCACUUUAGAGCAAUCAUACAGCGGGAGCGAGAAGGCGGAAGGAAGUGGUGGAUUAUCAGAACUCAUUGGCCUGCAAGUUACCUAGGGAGGAGAGGAAGGCCAUGGUUGAAUCGUUUGUGAAGCAGUAUCAGGAGUCAAACAAUGGGAAGUUUCCUUCCAUCAAGUUGACAAGGCAAGCAGUAGGUGGUUCAUACCCGGUCGUGCGCCAUAUUCUUCAAGAAGUUAAAUUUGUUUGGAGCCGAGAUCAAGUACCAAAACUGGCUCCUGCUGAACAAUUCCCUGAAGGUAUAAUAUCCACAGAACCUCAACCAUCUUCCGGGACUUUGUCAUCGAAUGGGACUGCAUCAAUGGCUGAUGAGCAGCACUACAAAUCGGAAGAGGCGCAUCGUCCAGUUUCUGAUGUGCUUGGUGCGGAAUCUAAACAGCUAGAUAUUGAGAACCUGCGAGAAAUUGAUGGCGAUUCGGUAUCUGUCGAGAGAUUGAAUUCUGAUUUGGCAGAAGUUGCUGGGGUUAAGCAACCGGCAGGAAUAGUAUUGGAGGCGUAUUGUGUAGAAGGAGAUGUGGAUUCCGACAGAGCAAAUGCUGCCGACGUUCAAACAAGCAGAUCACUAGAGCAGAAUGAAAAUGCCAAAGAAGUGUUGGCUGUAGUUGUAGAUACCCUUUCAUUGGAAAUGAAGGAUUCUGCAAAACAAAGUCUUGUAGAAGGUCAAUCUAGUCGAGGAUCAAUGGGAGUAGAGGAAAUUGUUGAAGUGAAAACAUGUGAGGUUAAAGUAACUCCAAAAGGGAAUGUAGCUGUAGAUACAUCUCAUUCACAGCCUGUGCUUACUGGUGAAAGGGAGGAACUAGACAGAAGAAUUCAAGUUUGCAGCCCAGAUAAAGAUCGCACUUUAGAGCAAUCAUACAGCGGGAACGAGAAGGAAGUGGUGGAUUAUCAGAACUCAUUGGCCUGCAAGGUACCUAGGGAGGAGAGGAAGGCCUUGGUUGAAUCGUUUGUGAAGCAGUAUCAGGAGUCAAACAAUGGGAAGUUUCCUUCCAUCAAGUUGACAAAGCAAGCAGUAGGUGGUUCAUACCUGGUUGUGCGCCAUAUUCUUCAAGAAGUUAAAUUUGUUUGGAGCCGAGAUCAAGUACCAAAACCGGGUCCUGCUGAACAAUUCCCUCAAGGUACAAUAUCCACAGAACCUCAACCAUCUUCCGGGACUUUGUCAUCGAAUGGAACUGCAUCAAUGGCUGAUGAGCAGCACUCCAAAUCGGAAGAGGCGCAUCGUCCAGUUUCUGAUGUGCUUGGUGCGGAAUCUAAACAACUAGAUAUUGAGAACCUGCAAGAAAUUGAUGGCGAUUUGGUAACUGUCGAGAGAUUGAAUUCUGGUGGGGCAGGAGUUGGUGGGGUUCGAGCAAGUGGGAGUGAGGGUAAUAAGCAACCGGCAGGCAUGGUAUUGGAGGCGUAUUGUUUAGAAGGAGAUGUGGAUUACAGCAGAGCAAAUGCUGCAGAGGUUCAAACAAGUGGAUCAUUAGAGCAGACUGAACAUACCACAGAAGUUUUGAAUGUAUUUGUAGAUACCCCUUCAUUGGAAAUGAACGAGUCUGCAAAACAAAGUCUUGUAGAAGGUAAAGCUACUCGAGGACCAAUGAGAGUAGAGGAAAUCGUUGAAGUGAGAACAUCCGACAUUAAAGUAACUCCAAAAGGGAAUGUAGCUGUAGAGACACCUCAUCUGCAGGCUGUACCAACUGGUGAAAGGGAGGAACUAGACACAAGAAAUCAAGUUUCAAGCACAGAUAAAGAUCGCACUUUAGAGCAAUCAUAUAGCAGGAGCGAGAAGGUGGAGAUGAUUACCGACGACACUUCAGUAAAUGCUGGUGGUGUCCAUCAGUCAGAUUUCCGAGCAGACAUACCAAACAAUGUUGGGUAAACACAGACAGGUCAAAGGAUGAAAGAGCACUGGCUGCACCUCUGGAGCGGGAAACCAAGACCAUUGGAGCUGCUUUGAAAUCGUUCGUAGUAACUGCCUUUAGGAAAUUUUGGCCUGGAUAAUCAAUUGAAUCCGUUGUGUAGAGAGAGUGCAUUCACCAUUUGAUUUUUGCAGUGCAGAGUGAAUAUAGGUUGUCUUGUUGGUUACUGCUGAAUAUAGGUUGAUCUCCUGGUUAUAGGUGCGUUAAAAAUUGGAAGGGUUGCAGUGAUGUUGCCAAAGAUUUUUUUUAUGUUCGAUAACUUAAUUAGAUUCAGCAUUUCUACAUAUCAGGUUCGUAGAGUAAUGUUUUUUUUUAUGUGAGAACAGGCGCCCUAACCUUUAUUGCAUUCGAAUAAUCCGGGGUGUUUGAAUCCACGAUUGUUCAAAAUACAGCCAAUAGGCAAGAGUAGUAGUGCACCUAGGAUGGCAAA